GUAGUUGUUUUUACAUUUCCGGAAAUAUGAAAGUUAUGUUGAAAUGUUGUUUGCCUUAGGUGCAUUUUGUUUUUUUGUGGUUUAGAUUUUAAUGUAGCUAAAUUAAUUAUACCUACACCAUUUAUACAUAACUUUAUGUUAUGAUUUAACCUUGAACUUCUCCCACUUUGAGUUGUUUUGAACGCGGUAUAACUGCUAACUGGAUAGAUCAUGGGUUAGGUUUAUCUAACUAGCUAGCUACAGUACCAAUUUGAUCUGUUGCUUUAUCUAGCAACGGUACGGUAGCUUAAUGCGUCCCUGAUUCUAAACCCCCCCAUUCGUUUAUAACUCCCAGUGUUGUCUGGUCUUUCUGUAUCGUCUCUGGAAUGGAUUAUGGAAAGGAGAGGGUGGUGGCUUUGGUGGAUAUGGACUGUUUCUACGUUCAGGUGGAACAGAGGCUGAACCCAGCUUUGAAGAACACCCCAUGUGUGGUGGCACAGUACAAAACAUGGAAGGGAGGCGGUAUCAUAGCUGUGAGUUAUGAGGCAAGAGCCUACGGUGUCACCAGGAACAUGUGGGCAGAUGAUGCAAAGAAGCUGUGCCCAGAUCUCCAGGUGGCUAGGGUCAGGGAGUCACGCGGGAAGGCAGACCUCACCCAUUACCGGGACGCCAGUGUGGAGGUGAUUGAGGUGAUGUCACGCUUCGCUGUGAUUGAGAGGGCCAGUAUUGAUGAGGCCUACAUGGACCUGACUUCAGCGGUUCAGCAGAGACUAAAAAGCCUGACUGACCAGCAGAUCGACCCUCAGCUCCUAAAGACCACCCAUGUCCAGGGCUACCCAGAGCCGCCUCCUCACCAUGAAGAGUCAGCUCCUGACGCUGCCACUGAUAAAGAGGAGCAGAGAUCUAAGGGCCUGCAGCAGUGGUUGUGCUCCGUGUCGGGGGUGGAUGGCUGUGCAGAGCUCCAGCUGGCCGUCGGGGCAGUGAUCGUGGAGGAGAUGCGGGCUGCCGUGGAGGAGCACACAGGCUUUCGCUGCUCAGCAGGGAUAUCCCACAACAAGGUGCUGGCCAAACUAGCUUGUGGUCUGAACAAACCCAACCGCCAAACCAUCCUGCCUCUAGACUCCAUCCCAGAGCUCUUUAACUCCCUUCCCAUCAGCAAGAUCCGUAACCUGGGAGGAAAGCUGGGGGCGUCCAUCACAGAGAUGCUGGAGGUGGAGAACAUGGGAGAACUGACCCGGUUUUCUCAGGCCCAACUGGAGCAGCACUUUGGGGACAAGACUGGUCAGUGGCUGUACGACCUGUGUCGAGGGAUCGACUUUGAGCCAGUGAAGCCCAGACAACUCCCUAAAUCCAUAGGCUGCAGCAAGAACUUCCCUGGGAAGACGUCUCUCGUUACCAGAGAUCAGGUGCAGCACUGGCUCUAUCAACUGGCCCUGGAGCUGCAGGAGAGACUGACCAAGGACAGGGAGAUGAAUGGCCGUGUGGCCAAGCAGUUGACUGUGGGGAUAAGGCAGCUGGGUGAUAAGAAGCCCAGCAGUUUCUCCCGGUGUUGUGCACUGGCGCGCUAUGACGCCACCAAGAUCUCCUCGGACAGCUUCGCCAUCAUCAAGAGUCUGAACACGGCAGGGAACCACCAGGCAGCCUGAUGUACUCGACUCUUUAACCGUCUCUCCGACCAGGACUCCUCCCCUCACCCUGCUCCACAUUUCGGCCAGCAAGUUUCAAGACGCCCCGUCUGCCGGAGUGGGAGGGAUCGCCGGGUUCCUGUCCGGUGACGGAACCUCCACCCAGGCCUCUACUCAGCCUUCCUCUGGCUCACCUACAGACUCCACCCCCAAGAGACCUGGCUCCAUCCAGUCCUUAUUCCGAAGAGCUGCAGAGAAACAGAGGGAGAGGAAGGAGGGAGGAGAUGAGGAAGAGGCUGGGGGCUGUGGAUCCUUUCUCCCACUGUCCUCGAUUCCUCAUUCGUCCUCUGAGAGAGCAACCCCGACCGGCCCCAGUGGAUCUUCUCACUCCCUCUCUUCAGUCUGCUCGUCAGCCAGCCCCAAAGCUGGUAUCUCCUCCUUCUUUCAGAAGAAGAAUUCGGAGAGAAACCAUUGGGCCUCCACCUGUCACAAUGACAGUCCCAGAAUGGGUGGGGCAACAUGUUCCACAGAGGGACGGGAUGUAAUAGGGGUCAGACUUUCAGCAGACACCAAAGAGUGUGAAAUGGAAGAGGGUUACACUGCUCCGGGAGAUGAAAGGUCUGAUGAUCUGACUGUUGAUGUAAAAUACCCAGAACCUAAUCUAUUCACUGUGUCUAACAAGGCAGAGGAACGAUCACUGGGGUCUGGCCAAGAAAUGUGUCCCCUGUCAGAGGAACAGCGAUCUGGAGGGUCAGAGCUGGACUAUGUUUCUCCUCCAGACAACCCUGUGUCCAGAGAGGACCUGCAGAUCUGUGGGCACUGUGGCCAGGAAGUGCUAGCCUGGGAAAUGCCUGAACACAAUGACUACCACUUUGCCUUGGACCUUCAGAAAUCUUUCACCAGUGCAAACACAACCGCCAGCCCUUCUAAACGUGUUUCGUCGGUUUCGGCUGCCUCUCGGGGCAAGAUGCGAGCCAGGGGCCAGUCAGGACCCCAGGCCAAACGUCCCCGCUCUGAGGGAGGCACUGUCGGUACCCUGGACUCCUUCUUCAAGAGGAGGUGACGAUGAAGUGGAGGAAGAAACAGGUCAUAAAAAGGAAAUGGCCACAGAGUUUGAUCUUUAAAAUGUAAUUGUAUUUUAUUUUAACUGCUGAAUGGGCAUAUAUUAUGAUGGCUGAACAGAUUAUGAAAGCCACACUUUUCUAUAUCUGUUUAAGGGGUGUGUCUUGAGAACCUUGUCCAUUUGUGCGAUCAUGGUGUCAUUAAACACUGGUUAUAUUGGUAA